AUGAGCACACCAGCGUCAUCGCGGACGAAACCGGCAGCGGCAGCGCAACACUUCUUCUUUGGCCUUGGGUCUGGCGUGGCAUCGGCCGUCCUGCUGCAGCCGCUGGAUCUGCUCAAGACGCGGACGCAGCAGUCGGGACACCAUCCCUCAUCGCUGCUGAGCUACUGGCGGGAGCUCAGGCAGUCGCCGCAGCCGAUCCGCGCGUUCUGGAGAGGGACGCUGCCCUCGUCCCUCCGCACGGGGUUCGGGUCAGCCCUGUAUUUCUCAUCGCUCAACUCCAUCCGCCAGUUCCUCCAAAAGUCCAAUGCGUUCAGCCAGAGGAUCCAUGCCACCAGCGCCUCGUCGAGCCUGCCCACGCUGACGCCCACGGCCAACCUGGUUGCGGGAGCCGUGGCACGGACGUGGGCGGGCUUUGUCAUGAUGCCUCUGACGGUCAUCAAGGUCCGCUUCGAGUCGAGCCUGUACUCGUACCCGUCCAUGUGGGCCGCCGUGAGGGACAUCCACCGCAGCCAUGGGCUCAGAGGCUUCUUCUCGGGCUUUGGCGCCACCGCGAUCCGCGACGGCCCUUAUGCGGGCAUGUACGUGUCCAUCUACGAGAUGCUGAAGAAGAGGCUGGCACUUUUGGCGUCUGGUGGUAGCCAGUCUUCCUCCUCCUCCGCCGAGGGGACAAAGGCCAUGAGCGCGUCGGUCGCCAGCUCCGUCAACUUUGCGUCGGCCAUCUCCGCAGGCGCCGCGUGCUCGGCCAUAUCCAACCCCAUCGACGUCUGCAAGACGCGCAUCCAGCUCCAGCCCCAGCGGUACCGGAACCUGUUCCACGCCGGCUACCGGAUGGUGGUGGAGGAGGGCUUCCGCUCGCUAUGGCGCGGCCUGGCCCUCCGGAUGAGCCGCAAGGCGCUGAGCUCCGCGCUUUCGUGGACGAUAUACGAGGAGCUCAUACGCAGCAACAAGCAUACGGACUACAUAAACAAGAAAAAAACAUGA